CUUCCAUGUCCUUUCGCAAACAAAUUUCUUUUCCUCCGCAAAGUAAAUUUAGAAUUAUUAUUUUGAAGGAACCAAGUAUAAGUAUGACUCUGGUUUCCUUUUAAUCACACCUCCUUUCUUCUCUGAACUGAACAAAGAUCUACAUAGCCCAUCCGGGUUUCUUCUGUCUCAGCUGGAAAAAAAUGGCGUUUGUAACAACUGCGGAAGUGUGUGACGCGAAUCAAGAGCUGAUUCGGAGCGGCCAGCUCCGAGCACUGCAGCCCGUCUUCCAGAUUUAUGGCCGCCGUCAAAUAUUCUCGGGUCCUGUAGUCACUGUCAAAGUGUUCGAAGACAAUGGCCUGAUUCGUGAAUUCCUCGAGGAGAAGGGGAACGGAAGAGUUCUUGUAGUGGACGGAGGAGGGAGUUUACGACGCGCCAUACUCGGAGGGAACCCCGUGGUUCAAGCACAGAACAACGGGUGGGCAGGGAUCAUUGUGAAUGGCUGCAUCAGAGACGUGGACGAGAUCAAUGGCUGUGACAUUGGAGUGAGAGCCUUGGCUUCUCAUCCCAUGAAGGCCAGCAAGAAAGGCAUUGGUGAAAGGCACGUCCCUCUGCAUAUCGCAGGGACCAGGGUUUGCGAUGGCGAAUGGCUUUAUGCCGAUACAGACGGCAUCCUCAUCUCUCAAUCCGAGUUGUCCGUUUAGGAAGUUGGGUAUUGUUCCAGUGAUUUCUGGCUUAGCGUUUUCAAAUGAUGUUGGUUUUUCUUUUGAUGUAUUCACUGGACAAGAAUCAAGAUUUGGAACUCUGGAUUUUGUUGAAAUAGAAACAAUAUAUGGACAUUUGAUAUGAUUAAUAAUAAUUAAAGGCAUUAUAUCAA